AUGGCGACGAAGUACGUUGAAAGGCAGAUCCCAAAAAUCUCGCUGCGAGAUUUCGAUAGCAGGAUAGAUGAGAUAACUACUGAGCUGUGUCACGCGUCGGAGAAUGUCGGCUUUUUCUCGAUAGUUGACCACGGCAUCACCCAGACUGAGGUCGACAAGGCCUUCGCCACCUCCGAGGCCUUCUUUUCACUUGCGGAUGAUGUCAAGGCAUCCGUAGCUUGGAACCCUCAAAACGUCGGUUGGGAGAAGAAUUCCCAAAUAAGACCAUCCACAGGCGCACCAGAUAUGAAGGAGUCAUAUCAGAUUCAGUUCGGUGAGAACAUGCUCACUGGUGGGAAAGGUCCUGAUGGCUUCACCAGCAUGUGGAUGAGCGACACUCACCUGCCCGGAUUCAAAGACAACUGCCUGGAGUUCAUGCACCGGGUCCAGCAGGUAUCAAACAAAUUGAUGGUCUGUCUCGCUCGGAGCCUGGGAUUCCCUGAUAACUACUUUCUCGAGUCCCACGAUCCAUCAGAUCCUAGGUGCCAGAAUGUUCUCCGCCUGCUGCAUUACUUCCCCACGCCGGAGUCGAACGACGGCCAGGUCUGGCACAGGGCGGGCGCGCACGCUGAUUGGGGUCUGCUCACGCUCCUCUUCCAGCACGAAGGUCAGAGCGGUCUCGAGAUCUGCCCCGGACGUGAGGCGGUGACCAAGUUCGCGCUCGGGGAUACCUGGACCAAGGUUGAGUUUGAGCCAGGAGCAAUAAUCUGCAACAUUGGGGACAUGUUGAUGCGCUGGUCUGACGAUCGGUUCAAGUCGACAUUCCACCGCGUGAAGGCGCCCACGGAGCCGGGCGACUAUUACGGGGAGCGGUACUCGAUUGCUUUCUUCAACCAACCCAGCAAGGACACACUCAUUCAGGGGCCGAAUAAGAAAUAUCCGGAGAUAACGGGGCGGCAAUUUAUAGCAAACGCCAUGAAUACGCAUUUCGCGGCUUUGAAGAAGCAAGUGGAGAAUAAGGACGGACAGGUGGGCAAGACAACGACAACAGAGGGAGCACAGAUUGUGAAGGCUACUGCUUGA